AUGCAGUACGCGGACGAUAUUAUACUUCUACAUAAGGCUCAUACUUUGAAUGAGGCUAUUGAUAAAAUGAAUAUAACAAUGCAGCUCUUCCAUAAUUGGUGUAUAUCGUUAGGGUUUUUAAUGUCAGAAAAUAAAAGUACAAUAAGCCUCUUUACAAGACAUAGGAAGUCUAUAAAUCCAAACUACAUCAGCAUAAACAAUUAUGUUCUGAAGGUUGAACCUACAAUUAGAUGUCUCGGGCUACUUAUUGAUGACAAAUUAAAGUGGAAACCACACAUCGAUUAUCUAGUUUCUAAAUGUGAAGAAGCACUGAAUAUUCUCAGGUUUCUUAAUCACAUAAAUUAUGGUGCUGAUAUCAAGAUUUCUCUUAGAAUAUACAAGCAAUUAAUACUAUCUAAGUUGGAUUACGGUAGUUUCAUAUAUGGCGACGCAUCCAAAAGUGUACUUAGCAAACUAGACACAAUCCAAAACAAAGCUUUGAGGUCUUGUUUGGGGGUCAUGCGUUCCACGCCCAUCAAUGAAUUACAUGUUGAAGCUAACAUGUAUCCUUUACACUUGAGAAGGAGCUUGUUGGCUUCAAACUUCAUUAUAGAUAGAAUGAAAUUUAACAACGUAGUAUUAAAGGAUGUGAAUCAGAUCAAUAAUGAACUGAACAGUACAUAUUGGAGAAAUAGGAAGAGGCCUAUUCUAGUAACUGCGUAUCGUGAAGUGGUAGAAAAAUGUAAUCUCUUACAAACUUGGACAGCAACCUCAAGAUUUCAUUUCAAGUACAAUGUUACUUCUUCUAAUCUGAAAAAUAUAAUUCUAAUCGAUUUUGCCAAUGUGCACUAUAGCGGAGAUACCAAUAAAUGCAGGAUGGAGGUCGAAGGAAGUAUACGGGAAAUAUUUGAAGACUAUGAUAUAUUUUAUACAGAUGGUUCGAAGAAUGCAGAUGGUGUUGGUGCGUGUUUUUACCAUCAGGGGACAAAUUCCUUCACAAAAUAUAGACUAGAUAAAGAUGCGUCAAUAUAUACAGCGGAAAUGUACGCUAUUAAUAGGUGCGUAAAGUAUAUUGAUGAACAUAAUGUAAAGAAGUCGGUCAUAAUCAGCGAUAGCAGGUCUGCCCUUGAGGGCAUGUUGUCGUUGUUAAAGAACCCGUCAUUAUUAACUUUAGAUACAUUAAAUGACAUACAUGCGAUAUUAUCAAAAAAAUUGGAGUUACGCAUUAUAUGGGUAAGAAGCCACAUUGCGAUAGCUGGCAAUGAAGCGGCGGAUAACGGCGCCAAAGAUGCCAUAAAUACAGGGACUGUUGCUGCGGAUGGAAUAUCAUAUAGUGAUAUAAAAAGAUUUAACAGGGCAAACAUACGGAAUAUUUGGCAAUUGGAUUUCCAGUUAUCGAUAAGAAUUAAAGGUAGAUUUUAUGGUAUGAUACAAGGAAAAAUUCCAGCCAAACCAUGGUAUGACGUAUUUACGGAGUGUCGGCCGUUUUACGCUACACUAUGUAGAUUAAGACUAAAUCAUUCAUACGCUCCAUUCCACCUAAGCAGAAUUGGGAUCGAUAUCGAUCCUAGUUGCUACUGCUUGGGUGAAGCGACUAGGGCGGAUGCAGAACACAUCAUCAUGAUAUAA